AUGUCUACAUUCAACGUUAACAUCGUUCACGUUCACUCCUCCCAAAGUAUUCCUGUUAGCACGCCCAGAUUACCUCAAUCUGCUGGAAACUCUUCCAGUGCUGGUGCCACAACAUAUGUAGUGGCGCCACAGGCGACAUCGUCGUCAAAAUACGACCCCCAACCUUGGACUGAUAUUUUGUCGUUGGUGGGACCUACCCCACAAGACAUCUUGGAGAUAUACUAUGCAAAGUUUUCAAGUCAUACCGUCGACGUUGGAAACGCAACACCAAACGUGGAUUCCACAAGACUCUUCCGUUCGUCAGCGGAUGUUGUAGUGAUACGCGGACUUGCACAAGUCAGAGACGAGUCCCAAGAUCACAAUAAUAUCGCCAAUGAGUCCGAGUCAUUAAUUGUGGACCAUCUUGUCGUGGCAAGCCUAGCUACUGGAACGGUAGACCCAGCCGUUCUCAUUCGCACGUCACGCCGCUCCCGAGAGAAGCGUUCACAGGGCGUGAUGCGGAGCCAGGCGGCGUCAGACAGACAUCAUCCGUACAACGUGGCGAAUAGGCCGUCCAGGGUAGCUGUACCGAGAAACAGUGGUAACGAAGAUGCAAGCGCUUUCUGUCGUCCAUCCGGAGAGACAGAAAACACACAAUUUAGGACUUCCCAGCACCGGGAACAACACCGCGGGGACUGCUCCGGGUAUAACAUUCCCGUUGAGCAGAUGCCUCGACCGGCACCGAGCCCAAAUGAAGAUGGAAGGGAGUCGGAGAUGAGGGGGUCAACUGGAGAUGGGGAUAGUGGGGAGACUGAACAGCAGCCGCGAAAAAUGCAGGGUCAUAGAAGUGAUAGAGACCCUUGCUUCAGAACCCGGGAGGAGAUUUGCUCCCAGGGCAAGGCGGGUGUAGGGAAAAGGAAGAGGCAAAAGCGGUGA